GCCAUGAACUUUGGAUCCGUGCUAAUCUUUUCACCAGAAUAGUUCGACUGAAGAAGAGAAACUUUGGCCACAUCCACGGCAGAGAUGACGAAGACGCUUCCGGCUGCGACGUUUAAUGUGGGCAACAAUGUGCUCCUCUCCAGAGAAGAAUACAUUAGAAAGCUGCGCAGCAGAUACGAGAAGUUCUUGAAAGAUAUAUGUUACGUCAACACCCGUGAGAGCUGCACUUCUGAUGCGACGGAUGAGAUCUACGCUGCUCUCUCGAGCAUACUUCCAGCAACCAACAGAUUGCCCGAGAAUUUGAUCCUAGGAUGCACUGUAUUUGGAGGUUUGGUUUCCAAGACAGAUACGCUCCAGAACCGGAUAAAAGUUGCCCAUUUCUCAGCUUUGGUAGCAACAUUUGACUCGCUUAUGCAGGCUUCUAGCUUGCUCUCGAUGCCUGAUGGUGGAGCUCGCGUGAAGGAAGACUGUGGCCUUUUCAUCCUCAAGCUCAUCAGUCCUGCAACGUACGAGAAACAUUAUCACUCACGUGGACCUCUGCAUCCUAUUAAAAUAGGAUACAGCAAUUGAUCGACUGGCUGCAGACAGAUCAGAAUCCUUUCUUACCGUUGCACCCUCGACUUCACAUGACGUGCGUCACAGUAGUCGUGCGCUUCGUGGAAGUGUGUCUACUGGAGCACGAGUUGACGGAGAGUGGGUUUCAGAUCGAGCCUGAAAUGCAGGGCUUUCCUCAACAUGUACGAGAAAAAUCUGGCAUUGCCGAAGCGUACACUCUUAUGGUCCUCGUUGCGCCUCAUCUAGUUCCACAGAACUAUUCUUCCGAAGAUGGAAAGGCGGACCACUCUUUCUUUUACAACAAGAUAUAUCCACUGAUCCCUGAGAUAAAUGCUGCCGUCGACAAAAUCAACGACAUUUUGUCCUAUUACAAGGAGUUCGAGGACGAAGAUGAAUGUAUGGCCUACAUUAGCAGCACGGCGAAACUGAAGCAAAUCACCACAUACGAGGUUCUCGAUGAUCUGAUGGACGAAAUGGUGGAGACCCGGAAAAACUGCAUGGCGAUAGCAGAGAGGAGCGGGUCUCGGGAGGUGGUGGCGACUGUAGCUGCGUUCUUUCAGGGAUAUAUAUCGUUUCACUUCACCUGGAACUCACGUUAUAAACUUAGAGAGCUAUUCGGUGACGACUGGUUCGCGGGUGACUGUGUGUAGAUCGUAAGUAGGAUAAGUGUGUAAGUAGAUGAUCACGAACAACUCAUCAUCUACUUACAUAGAAGAAAAUAAAAUCAUUUGUUGUAGUUUUCAGGUGUGGAUGCCAAGCACCUGCCACUUCUUUGUACGUACAAUGGAGUACACAAUUUAUACCAGGUUCUCGUACCAUGAUGGUCAGAAAGCGAAGUGAUGUCUCCUCUGUGACACGAUUGGC